UCCAUUUAUCGUCAGCAGAAAUGUCCAAACUCACUACCCUCUUCCUGGUGGCGCUCCUCCUCUGCUUCACAUUCUCCUACGGCGUCGCCGCCCGCCCGGACCCGUCGCUCCCCUCCGGUUCCGGUCAUCAGGCCGACACCCAACUAGCUGCAGGGGAGGCUGAAGCAGCAGAGCAUGUUGAGGUGGAGGAAAGCUGCGAAGGAGAUGGGGAGGAAGAGUGCUUGCACCGAAGGAACCUCGAGGCUCAUCUCGACUACAUCUACACCCAGGGCAUCAACAAGAAACCCUGAACCAAUUUCAUUAUUACUCCCAUUUCCUUCUUAAUAAAAUCUCAAUUAUAUAAGUCUAUAGCAUGCAUGCAUGCAUGCAUGCCUGAUGUUUGGGUGUUAAUUGCUGAUUUCCUAUGUAUUAUUUUAGUAAACUAAUUAAUGAGUGAUUAUGUUGUGUAUGAACACCUAAGCCCUCUUCAUUUGCAGCUUAAUCAAGUGUUAUUCCCAGUA